UGGUAUUAUUUCCAUCGGUAAUUUAUAGUACUCUUCCAUGUUAUCAUCAUGUUAGAGAAGUUAUAUUAUUGGAAAUGCAUCACCUAUGUUAGAGAAGUCAAUAGACACAUUCUUAAUUUCAUAAUAACUUUGUGAUCGAUCGUAAGAAAAGAAAGUAUUUAAAUACAAUCCGUUCUAAACACAAUUUCUUUUUCAUUUGGCUCAAACAUUUGAAAAUCAACAAUAAUAUUAUAUAGAAGUACAUACGUAUUAGACGAAUCAAAUUAUUAUUUAAAUUAUUUCUUUGCAAAAAAAAUUGCAUGAAACAAAUUUAACACCAAAUCAAAAAAAUCAUUAGGUUGAGAGUUAAGACGACUCUUUGGAUUCCGUUUGUCCGCACAUUCCUUUCUCUCUUUUUUUUUUUCACCGUCAUUAAUUAAUCUUGGUCGAGAAACUUGUGUGACAAUCAAAUUCUGGACCACCUAAAGAGCGCAAUAUCCUUACUAUUUGGAAAAUUCAUUGUCGGUGUCGCAUGAAAUUGCUAAUGCAACCAUUGUUUCAGAAUUGGAAACACUGAAAUACAUUAUAGAAACAAGAAACAGAGUGAAACAGAACAAAACAGAGUGAAACACAUCACAGAAACAAAAAACAGAGCAAUGCCCCCAAUUACGAAGAACAACAAUGGCCCUUUCUCUAUUACCACAAUCUUUCUCUUCUUCACUCUCAUUUUCAUUCUCUUUCUCUCAUUCUUCUUCUUCCCUUUCACUUCUUCCUCCAACAAAAUCAUCUCAAACCCUUCACUUUUUCUUCAAACCUCAACCUCUUCCGCCAUCAAUGUCUACGUCUCCGAUCUUCCCAGAUCCCUCAACUACGGCCUCCUUAACCGUUACUGGUCCUUCAACUCCGAUUCCCGAGUCGGCAGUGACUCAGAUCGUGAAAUUCGAUCCACCAAUUUGGGUAAAACCCUAGAAUUUCCACCGUAUCCGGAGAACCCAAUUAUCAAACAGUACAGUGCGGAGUAUUGGAUCAUGGGGGAUCUUAUAACACCACCUGAAUUACGAACUGGGUCGUUUGCAAAACGGGUUUUUGAUGCACGUGAUGCUGAUGUGGUGUUUGUUCCUUUUUUUGCUACUAUUAGUGCUGAAUUGCAAUUGGCUGUGGCUAAAGGUGUUUUUAGGAAGAAGGUUGGGAAUGAGGAUUAUCAGAGACAGAGGGAGGUUAUUGAUUUUGUGAAGAAAACUAAAGCUUGGAAACGUUCCGGUGGUCGAGAUCAUGUGUUUGUUCUUACUGACCCAGUUGCAAUGUGGCAUGUUAAAGAUGAGAUUGCUCCAGCUAUUCUCCUUGUUGUGGAUUUUGGUGGGUGGUAUAGACUUGACUCAAAAUCAUCCAACUGUAGCUCAUCUGACAUGAUUCAACACACUCAAGUUUCUGUAAUUAAAGACGUGAUUGUGCCGUACACACAUCUUCUACCCAAGUUACACUUGUCAGAAAACAAGGAACGGCGCAACCUUCUUUAUUUUAAAGGAGCCAAACACAGGCACCGGGGAGGCCUAGUUAGAGAAAAGUUGUGGGAUCUAUUGACUAAUGAGCCUGGUGUGAUAAUGGAGGAGGGCUUCCCUAAUGCGACUGGUCGAGAGCAAUCAAUACAAGGAAUGAGAACAUCAGAGUUUUGCCUACAUCCAGCUGGGGACACACCCACUUCAUGCCGACUUUUUGAUGCCAUUCAAAGUCUUUGUAUACCUGUUAUUGUCAGCGACAACAUUGAGCUCCCAUUUGAAGGUAUGGUGGACUACACAGAAUUUUCAGUUUUUGUAGCAGUUGGUGAUGCACUUAAACCAAGCUGGCUAGUCAAUCAUCUUCAGAGGUUUUCAAAACAACAGAAAGACAUGUUCCGACAAAACAUGGCUCAAGUGCAGCCCAUGUUUGUAUAUGAUAAUGGUCAUCCAGGUGGUAUUGGCCCUAUACCUUUGGAUGGUGCAGUGAAUCAUAUAUGGAAGAAAGUCCACGAAAAACUGCCAAUGAUAAAAGAAGCCAUAAUUCGAGAGAAAAGAAAACCACCUGGUGUGUUGGUUCCACGACGAUGUCAGUGUACUUAGUAGUUUAUGUUUCUCUUCUAUCAAAGCAGCGGAUAUAUGUGUUAAUAUCUGGUUCAGAGUUUGCAUCACAAUGGUUUUUUUGUUGGAUGUGGUUUAGGAUAAAUUAGUUGUCACUGACCGUGAGUAGUGUUACUCAGUAUUUCAUUUUCGUUACAUUCUAGUUGCACAUUAAUUGGUCUGUUUCUAUUAUUCUCUUUGUAUCGUAACUGUUAAAUUAAUCAAAUUGAAAUAUUGUUUACAAAA